AUGGUGCUUGAGGUACUCCAAGGGGCUAAUCUUGAGCCUCUGGCACAAUUGGACGGGUUCAACCUGCGUUGAGUGAGUCAGGAAAGUCUUCCUGCCCAAGGAAGCGUCUCUGAGCAAAGCAGAGCGAGCGGGUGCCAAACAUAUUUCAACCUGCCAGUCACAGUAGAGGAAUAUUGGCACCAUUGUCAGGCGCCCCAAAUCGGUGAACCAGGAAGAUUGGGGAUCCAAUUGUUCACAACAGUUCCCAAGUUGGGAAGAUCAUGCUAAUGAAUAAUGGGCCUUGGAGCCCUGAGCACAUUUACCAAGAGAUUGCAGGGUAUUCUACCACCAAACACCGCGUGAACGUGGUAGAGGAGUUGCAAGAGUUCUGGCAAUUGAAGCAAGCCAAGGGAGCAGAUCUCAAGAAUGGUGCAUUGGUCAUCUACGAAUCCGUGCCCAGUUCAAGUCCACCUUAUGUCUGCUAUGUCACUUUGCCCGGAGGCUCGUGCUUUGCCAGCUACGGAAAUUGCCCGACCAAGGCCGAAGCUCGCCGGAGUGCCGCUCGCAUCGCCCUAAUGAAUUCUAUUUUCAAUGAACAGCCAACGAGAAAGAUCACACAAGACUUCAUUGCCAAAGCUGUUCACGAUGCCUGUAGCAAUUAUGGGACUAUUGGAGAGACACCGAGUCCGGGAGUGGCAGCCUUUCGAUUCAUGCUCGAGUCCAACUUGGGCAAGACCAUGCUCGAGUUCCAGGAGCUCAUGACCGUGUUCCAAUUGUUGCAUUGGAACGGCUCACUCAAGGCGAUGCGCGAGCGACAGUGUUCAAGACAAGAGGUGGUGGAGCAUUACUCUCAUCGGCCUUUGGACGACGAUAUGCGCUCGCAAAUGGCCUUGGACUGGAUCGCUCGAGAGCAGGAGAUCCCCGGGAUCAUUUCCCGAGAACUCAACUUGUCGGAACGAGAAUUGGAAGAGGCUCGAUUGGCGGGCAAAGAGCUCAGAUUUCCCAAGGAGAAGAAAGACAUCCUGAUGUUGGCCAAUUCACAAGUGGGCGAUCCCUAUGAUUGACCCGUGGAUUCAAUGCUUGUGUUUUCAAGACAUACAAUACACUCUAUUGGUUAUGCGUGCUUGUCAAAUAAAUCGUUCCCAUUGUGUAAAAUAUAAAUAUAUUUCGUCAUGUAUCAAAAUAUACAAAGAUUAGCAUGUGA